GCGUCCAGUACACAGCCUUGGUGUACGCCUUCAACAAGAAAGGCGCCAGCCCGCGGGUGCGCAUCACAGUGGCUACCCAGAUGGCAGCCGAGCAGAGGACCGGAAAGUCGACACAAGGCUCGAUGGCGGAGCGCCGGCCCGGGGUCGACUGGACGCCGCUGGUGGGCGUCAUCGCCGGCGCGUCACUGGCCGUGCUAGCCUGUGUGCUGGCCGUCAUCGCGAUGGUCCGGCGCCGCUCCAGCAGACCGGCCAAGUCGCCGGCCAAGUCGGCCGCCGGUCUGUCAGAGUGCGACGAAAACAAUCCAGACGUGGUUCCGUCACUAUCAGACGGCUGCUCGAGGGGAGACCCGAUGGAAGAGCCCCGGCUGACAGUCGUCAGGGACAACUGCCACACCGAGCUUUACAGCCCGCACCCGCUCAACCACGUCAACUUUGCAACGUUUCAGAGCGGUAGUCUGGGCCGGCCAAUCCACCCCGGCAUGCCACUACCAGCAGCCACUACAGUGACGGACCCUUUCGGCUCCGAUCGGGAAAGUGUAGUGUAGUAGUGCAUUGUGUCGCGAACGGCGGACGAGGGCGCUGUCGCCGCGGCAAAGCGACGGGACGAAAGCUGGCUGCGCCGGUGGCGGAAUAUCGAAGAGCACGGUAACGGCAGACGAGAAGACACCCAGCGAGCUAUGUGGGCCGCUCCGGACGCUGGGAAGAAACUGACCAGUGGAUGCUGGUUGGGAUGGCCGAACACCAAACCUUCGCUGGCCUCUGAGACAGCGAAGGAUAAUCAGCUCUUGUCCAGGGCCAGGAACAAACGUAAGGUGCGAGUGGAAGGUCGCAAAGUCGCAGUGCGUACAUGGUCGAUGUCGCAAAUUGGUGUUUUCACUUUGAUGUUUUAACUACCAACGUGACUCGUUAAAACUUAAAAACGAUCUCCGUGCGAAGUAUUCAUUUUACAUGUCAACUUCAAAACGUUACCGUGUACAGGGUGACACA